AUGGACUAUGACUUUAAAGUGAAGCUGAGCAGCGAGCGGGAGCGGGUCGAGGACCUGUUUGAAUACGAGGGCUGCAAAGUUGGCCGAGGCACUUACGGGCACGUCUACAAAGCCAAGAGGAAGGAUGGGAAAGAUGAUAAAGACUAUGCUUUAAAACAAAUAGAAGGAACCGGAAUCUCUAUGUCAGCAUGUAGAGAAAUAGCAUUACUUCGAGAGCUUAAGCAUCCAAAUGUCAUCUCUCUUCAAAAGGUGUUUCUAUCUCAUGCAGACAGAAAAGUAUGGCUUCUGUUUGACUACGCUGAACAUGACCUCUGGCAUAUAAUCAAGUUUCACCGAGCUUCUAAAGCAAAUAAGAAGCCAGUUCAGUUACCUCGGGGAAUGGUGAAGUCACUAUUAUAUCAGAUCCUAGAUGGGAUUCACUACCUGCAUGCUAACUGGGUGUUGCAUAGAGAUUUGAAACCUGCUAAUAUUUUAGUUAUGGGUGAAGGUCCUGAGCGAGGAAGAGUAAAAAUUGCUGAUAUGGGCUUUGCCCGAUUAUUUAAUUCACCUUUGAAGCCUUUAGCAGAUUUGGAUCCAGUAGUUGUAACAUUCUGGUACCGAGCUCCAGAAUUACUUCUUGGGGCAAGACAUUAUACCAAAGCUAUCGAUAUUUGGGCUAUAGGGUGUAUAUUUGCAGAACUACUAACGUCAGAACCAAUAUUUCACUGUCGACAAGAGGACAUCAAAACUAGUAAUCCUUAUCACCAUGACCAGCUGGACAGAAUAUUCAAUGUAAUGGGAUUCCCUGCAGAUAAAGAUUGGGAAGAUAUAAAAAAGAUGCCUGAACAUUCAACAUUAAUGAAAGAUUUCAGAAGAAAUACGUAUACCAACUGCAGCCUUAUCAAGUAUAUGGAAAAACAUAAAGUAAAACCAGAUAGUAAAGCAUUCCACUUGCUUCAGAAGUUGCUUACCAUGGACCCAAUAAAGCGAAUUACCUCAGAACAGGCUAUGCAGGAUCCCUAUUUCUUAGAAGACCCACUUCCUACAUCAGAUGUUUUUGCCGGUUGUCAAAUUCCUUACCCGAAACGAGAAUUUUUAACAGAAGAAGAACCUGAUGAUAAAGGAGACAAAAAGAACCAGCAGCAGCAACAGGGCAAUAACCACACUAAUGGAACCGGUCACCCAGGGAAUCAAGACAGCAGUCAUACACAGGGACCCCCGUUGAAAAAAGUGAGAGUUGUUCCUCCUACCACUACCUCAGGUGGACUGAUCAUGACCUCAGACUAUCAGCGUUCCAAUCCACAUGCUGCCUAUCCCAACCCUGGACCAAGCACAUCACAGCCACAGAGCAGCAUGGGCUACUCAACUACCUCCCAGCAGCCUCCACAGUACUCGCAUCAGACACACCGGUACUGA